AUGUUUGGCAUUUCUACUCGCCGUCUUCAUUUUUUAGUAGGGGGAGCGGUGGCUGGUGUUAUAUCACGAACAGUUGUAGCGCCAUUAGAUCGUAUGCACACACUUACUGUAGCGCGUUCACAAGAGAAAACAGUAGAUAUGUUACAUGAGAUGUUAAUGAAUGAAGGGGUAUUAGGGUUAUGGCGAGGGAAUUUUGUGAAUUGUAUGAAAGUCGCUCCGACGACUGCGGUGAAGUUUUUUGUGACAGAGACUUUGAAGCGGAUGGCACAGAAAUAUUAUUUCCAAAGCACACGAAUUCCAUUUGGUAUCAAUUUUGGGAUAGGAGCUGUUGGUGCUAUUUGCUCGACUUUAGUGUCACACCCAAUUGAUGUUAUUAAGACUCGAAUGAGUAUCGAAACGACUAAAAUUAGAAAGUACGACACUUUCAUGGGGACCGCUCAGACUAUUAUAAAAGAAGAAGGCGUUCUUGGACUUUAUAAAGGUAUCAACUUCGCUAUAUUAUCAGUCACUCCUUUCCAAGCAGUUAACCACGCGUGCUUCGAAUUUGUCAGUCCUUUCGUCCCACAAAGCUCUUUGAAGAAAUUGUACCAAGGUUGUCUCUCAUCGUCGUUGGCUUUCUCAAUUUGUUACCCCCUCGACGUCGUCAAGAGAAAAUUGUUGGCUAAGAAGGCAGACUCCGUCGGAGAGGCAGUCGCUAAUAUCUUGAAAAAUGAAGGACCAAUCGGGUUUUAUAGAGGUUUCGGUGUCGGGUUCUUUAAGGUCGUCCCCCUUAUUUCGGUCCAAUUCUUCGCCUUCGAUCAAUACAAAAAAUUCUUCAAAUUGUGA